AAUAUCCAGGAAAAUUAAUUAAACCAUUUUUAGAAGCAUAUUUAACUAAUGAAAAUUUAAAAUUAUUAGUUGAUUACUAUACUGAAAUGUAUUCAGAUGAUAAUUUAGAAUUUUAUCCUGAAAGACAAAUAUCAAAAAAUUUAAAUUUAUAUUUAGUAACUAAAAGAAUUAUAAAAGCUAGUGCUUUAGAAUUAUGUGGUGAAUAUUUUGAAUCUGAGCUUACAUGUUCUGAUUUAGGUGCAUAUUUUUUAGCAUUAUUUAAAGAUAAAAAUGAGCAAGCAAUUCAUUGGCCAGGAAAAAUUAAAUAUUUUUUACAGUAUACUAUGCUACUUCCAGCUAAAUAUAGUAAUAAUCAAUUAAAUAAUAAUGAACUUGUUUCUAUAAUACAUACUUUUUGUUUUGUAGAUUGGUUUAAACAAUCAUCUAUAAAACAAAAAAAUCAUUUUUUAUUACUUAAUGAUUUAGAUUUAAAAGAUAGACUUCUACUUGCUGAAAUUUGA